GAUCGCAAAUCGGACGCCACACUUGUCUUAUACGUCGUACCGGAUCUACCUCUUUUGCAGUUAGUUUCAUAUCGAGUCUACAUCGUAAUAUACAAUUAUGGUUUUUAACCAAAAAUUGAUUUUGUUUUUGGCGUGCACAUCAUUUGCGAUGGUAGCCUGUCAAGUUCCAGGAUUCGGAGGAUGUCCAGAAUUUGACUCUCAACCAGACUUUGACAUGAAUAGGUAUUUGGGAACCUGGUACGAAGCUGAACGUUACGUGAGUAUCUUUGAAGCCGGUACCCGUUGUGUCAAAUCAAACUACACCAAAGCCGCUGACGGCCGUUUCACGGUCUCCAAUGAAAUCAUGAAUAGAUUUACCGGAGUAAAACGCGUAUUGGACGGUGAAAUCAGACUGAUCGUUAAAGGAGCCGAAUCCAAAUUAAGUAUCAGAUACUCAACCCUACCUAUUCCUUAUAGUACCGAACAAAUGAUCUUAGACACUGACUACGACAACUACUCUGUUGUAUGGUCAUGCUCAUCAUUGGGACUUGCCAACACCCAACAUGCAUGGAUCAUGACCCGUGAAAAGUUAGCACCUGGAACCGUCUUGCAAAAGGCUUACGGAGUAUUAGACAAAUACAAGUUGAACAAAAACUACUUCGUCAAGACUGACCAAAACAGCUGCCAAAUUGGUGGUAACGAAAACAAUGAAGUUAACGAUGACAAGAAAGACAAACAAUGAAAACUUUAAUUUUUAAUUUAUAUUUUACGAUAAAGAAUUAUUUAUUUAUUUAUUUAUUUGUUUAUUUAUAUGAAAAUGUUAUGGAAGGUAUUUGAAUACCUAUUUAAGUAAAACCAAAAUAAAAACUCGUAUAAUUGAA